AUGGCGGCGGCGGUGCUCGCGCGGGGGUGGGCGCGCGCCUGGGUGGCGGGGGCGCGCCUGGGGCAGCGCCCCCUCAGUGGGCAGGACGGGGAGGUGGGCAAGGCGCAGCGGGCGGCCGCCGGGGCGGGCACGGAGCCCACCAUCUUCAGCAGGAUCAUCGCCCGCACCGUGCCGGCCACCAUCCUCUACGAGGACAAGGAGUGCCUGGUCUUCCGCGACGUGGCCCCCCAGGCGCCCGUGCACUUCUUGGUGAUCCCCAAGCGCCCCAUCCCGCGGCUGAGCUGCGUGGAACCGCAGGAUGCCCAGCUCCUGGGGCACCUGAUGGUGGUGGCGGCGCGCACGGCGAAGGCGGAGGGGCUGGAGGACGGAUACCGGCUGGUGAUCAACGACGGGAAGCACGGCGCCCAGUCCGUCUACCACCUGCACCUCCACGUGCUGGGGGGGCGGCAGAUGGGCUGGCCCCCCGGCUGAGCCCCCCGGGUCACCCCCACAAUAAAGCUGCUCGGGGCACCCGCA